UCCUUUUCAUUUUCUCGGGAACCAAGCAGAGGCUGAUGAGUUCAUCCUCUAGAAGACCUAGAGCCAUGACUUCCACAAUUCCUCAAGAUACCAUCUCCGACAUCCUCUCCAGGCUUCCCGUCAAAUCCCUAACCCGAUUCAAGGGCGUUUCCAGACGCUGGUUCCAUGAUCUCAGUUCCAACCCUACUUUCAUCACCACCCACCUCCUCCGCUCCGCCCAGAACCCUUCCCUUGUCAUCCGCCGCUACCAUGUCCCCACCGGAUACUAUUCUGGCAUCUGGGUAAUAAGAACCCCUACUGAAAAAACACCCUUUCGCAUCGAUGAUGCGGAAAUUCCACUUUUGAAGACUUCGGUUUGUUAUCCCAGGAUCGUGGGCUCUUGUAAUGGGCUAAUCUGUCUCGAUGUCUCGCCUUGUUAUGGUUUGGAGUUUGUUUUGUGGAAUGCUUCGAUUAGGCAGUGGGAACGUCUCCCUAUCCCGUUGAUUGCUUCUUCUAAGGAUGCGCCUAUUUGGAUGGUCUCUCUGGGAUUUGGGUAUGAUUGCUUUGAAAAUGAUUACAAAAUUGUGAGAAUUGUUUACUUCAGCGACAAAAAUCGUUCUGACGAUCAAAACCCACUUGUAAAAGCCGAGGUUUUUACAUGGAGCCUUGGUUUCUGGAGGGAAAUUGAGGGGCUUGAUCGAAUUGAGUCGUGCAUUAUUGGUGGUGGACAGAAUGCUGUCGAUGUGAAGGGGUGUCUGAAUUGGGUCGCAACUGGAUUGCAGGACAUGUCCAAUCGCAAGUUCAUCAUAUCAUUUGAUGUGAAUAAGGAGGAGGCUAGGAGGAUACCACUGCCAGCAAUUUGCAGGGCCGGUAAUGUCAAAAUUAUGUCUCAUAAGGAGUCACUGUCUUUUGCUCUCUACUUUGGGGGAAAUUAUGCUAGUCAAUUCGAGAUCUGGGUAAUGAAUGAAUCUGUGAAUGAUAGGGGGAAUUGGGUUAAGAUAUUCUCUACUGAAAACCUUUCUAGGUUUGUGGUUCCAGUUGGGUUUUGGACUUGGGGAGACAUUGAGAUGAUCAUGAAGCAGAUAAAAGGAGAUAUCACUAGCCUGUGGUCAUAUGAUCCUAGGAAUGGAAGUGCCAGAAGUCUUCCUGUUGAUGGAACUGAUUACACAUUAGAAGCUUGUACUUAUGUGGAGAGUUUGGUUUCAGUCAAUGGAAGAAGGUAAGAUCCCUGCCGUUGCUUUUCAGCUUGGUUCAUACGGACUUUGUUCAGAAGUUAGUUCUGGCUUUUUUAGCUGCUUAGGCUCUUAGUUUGCUAUAGGGGUAAUUAAUGAAGACUUUGGUUUUUCGAAUGCAUAUGGUACUUGGAUAUGUAUUACAGUACUUGGAUAAUGUUGCCUUCUAACUUCACUUUUUGGUUACUGUAAAUGGUGAAAUUAGUAAGGAACAAGAAUAGUGUUGCUCCCUUCUGGCUGGCAUUCCAUUCCUUCUGCUCGCUAAUUUUAGAGUACUCCCUCUGGUCAAAAUUAGUUGUCUCACUUUUGUGCUUAAUUUUAAGUUCUCCAACUUUUCUUCAGUCAAAUUGGGAAACAAGCUCUAAUGGCAAGGCAUCAAUCUCUUGCCCUUUGAAGACUUGAGUGAACUCCAUAACCCAGAUUCAAGUGCUUAAUGUUAGUAAUAUUUUUUUCCUUUUUGCAACAUACCAUAUCUGGUGAAAGACCAUCUCCAUCCCUUCUCAAAUUCUCCCAUAACCCUGCCAUCUAGUCCUCUCUAUGUAUGGAAUUAUAAGAUGGAUUGAUAAAUGUUUUGUUUAACCUCCUAUAUUGCCUUAGAGCUCUGGUGUUUUUGUAAUGUUAUAUAUGUUCAGUUUGUGGAUUCUUCCGCUUGAAGAUGUUUCUUUUGCUUAUUUUCAUAACUGAAGAAAUUGUUAAAUUUGCU